GGCCGCCGCCGGGGCAGGGUACGACGGGGCCGGGUCUAGCAGAGUCCUCCCUCCGGCCGGCGCGGCUUCCUCCGCCCGCUUUCCCUCUCCCACCCCGGCGGCUGCUCGUUGCUGGCCUCCCUCUUCCUCCUCCUCCUCCUCCGGCAAGCUUGGGCAAGAAUUCAGCACCACCGCGGAGGGGACAGCUCCCGGGGACUCGGCGGUUGGCUUGGAGGAGGUGCGAGGGGAGGUCAGGCAGGUGGCCCUCAAGAGGCAGAAAGCUCAAGAAGGAUUGGGGUUCAGCAUCCGAGGGGGCGCCGAGCACGGCGUGGGCAUCUACGUCUCCCUGGUGGAGCCGGGCUCCUUGGCGGAUAAAGAGGGCCUUCGCAUAGGGGACCGGAUCUUAAAGGUCAACGACAAGCCGCUGGACAAGGUGACCCAUGCCGAAGCUGUCAAGGCUCUCAAGGGAUCCAAGAAGCUGAACCUGACUGUCCACUCGGUGGGUCGCAUUCCCGGUGGCUACAGAACCAACCACAUCUACACCUGGGUGGAUCCCCAAGGCCGAAGUGUUUCUCCCCCGCUCGGCCUGAUCCAGCACCAGAGCAGCUCUUUGUGCAAGGCAAACGAGAAAAGGAGCCACCUUCAACUUCUGCAGGAAGGGGAUGAGAAAAAGGUUAACCUCGUGUUGGAUGAAGGGCGAUCUUUGGGUCUCAUGAUUCGAGGGGGGUCCGAAUACGCCCUCGGGAUUUACAUCACAGGGGUGGACAAGGAUUCGGAAGCAGAAAACACUGGCUUGAAAAUUGGAGACCAGAUUCUGGAGGUCAACGGAAGAAGCUUCCUCAGCAUUUCCCACGACGAGGCCGUGAACCUCCUGAAGUCCUCCCGUCAUCUCAUCAUGACCAUCAAAGACGUGGGACGGCUUCCGCACGCCCGGGCCACAGUGGAUGAGACCAAGUGGAUCGCCAGCUCUCAGAUUGGAGAGACGAUGGUCAAUUCAGCAGGGGCCUCUGACGAUUCCAUGGGGGAGACAACACCGAAGCCAUCUUUUUAUAAAGGUCUUACGGGAUCUCAAGUAACGUUGAGUAGCCUGGUGAACCAAAACCGAGUGAUGCUGGAGGAAAACGCCCGGCACCUCCUGAACGAACCCGAGAGGACCACCAUGGCCUAUUACCUGGACGAAUACAAGGAGAAGAACAUCUCGAUUGAUUCCCUCGUCCUGGCUCUCUUUGAACUGCUAAACACCCACGCCAAAUUCUCCCUCCUGUCGGAGGUCAGAGGGGUCAUAUCACCACAAGACCUGGAACAUUUUGACAACUUGGUUCUUAAGCGGGAAAUAGAAUUCAUGAAAGCCCGGCAGCCUUUGGGGACCGGAACUGAUUGUUACUCGACAAUGUCCUGCAGUGAUUCUGCCUCGUGCACCGAAAGCCAUUUUACCUCCACCACCGCUAGUUCAGCUCGGGAGAGGCUCUUGUGGCUGAUUGAUUUGAUGGAGAAUUCUUCCGAUGGAGGCAGGAGUGGAAGCCAAACCAGGAUCAAUGCCUUACCUGACAUCUCCCUGGAUGAUGUCUCCUCUUUCUAUGAAGAACUUCCAGCCUUUAGGCCCUCACCUCCAGCUCCUUCCUGUCAGACGCGGGCAGAUCCUUCAGACCAAGCGCACAAACCCGGUUUGGGAUCUUCUGAAUCCUCCCAGUCAGGGCUGUUCUUCAUGGCUCCUCAAAGCCCCGUGCCAUCUUCCAGCCUCUCCGAGAAGGACACCCACAGCCUCGCCUCCAGCACCACCACCACCGGCUCUUCCAUGGAGGACUCGGCCUCCGGCUCCAUCUACGCCUCCAUCUCUCCAGCGACUCGCCUCUCGCGGAGGCCCGUGAAGGCCCGACUGUUGACGCUCAACCAGCACCCCAUGCUGCCUUUCCCUCGGAUCCAGUCGCCAGCCCGGUUGAAACAGCCUUCCCUGGAGACGGCUGGCCCGGCCCCAAGUUCCCCUACCCUCCCGCCCCUUCCUGCCCACCCGGCUGCUUCCCCUCCCGGGGAGAGAGGCAGUUUUGAAGUGGGGAACACUCAGCACUUUAUCAUGGUGGAAGUUCAUCGGCCGAACAGCGAACCGGAUGUGAAUGAAGUCAAGCCAUUGCCUCAAGCUAGAGCCUCCACGCUCUCCCAGCUCUCCGACAGCGGGCAGACGCUGAGCGAAGACAGCGGCGUUGACCUGGGGGAAGCGGAGCUGAGCAACAGCAGGGAGAGGACUCAGCUGCUGCAGGGCCUGCCAUCAGCGCGAAGUCCCCAGGGAGUCCCCAGAUUGGGCAGAGCGGUCGAGGCAGGACCCAAACCGCCAGGACUCCUGGAGCCAACUUCGCAUCUAAUCCGGGUGCCGAAGAGCGCCCCGACUUUGGGCAUUGCCAUAGAAGGGGGUGCCAACACGCGACAGCCCCUGCCCAGGAUUGUCACGAUCCAGAAGGGUGGCUCUGCUCACAACUGCGGCCAGCUGAAGGUGGGACAAGUCAUUCUGGAAGUCAACGGCACAGCCCUCCGGGGCAAGGAGCACCGCGAAGCUGCUCGUAUCAUCGCUGAAGCUUUCAAGACGAAAGAGAAGGAUUACAUCGAUUUCCUCGUCACAGAAUUCAACGUUGCACUUUAGGGGUCUUGGGAGACCCCCAAAGCCAAAAGACCAAGAGACGGAAGGAAAGAACAGGGUUACGAGAUGUCCGAUGUGCCCACUCGCGUGCUCACCUGUACACCCAGGUAGAGCCUAGACAGGAUUUCCCACAGAGCAAACUUGGGGUUGGAUUGACCUCUCCUCAACAUACCGUAUUUUCCAGAGUAUAAGACGCACCAAGGUUUUGAAGAAGCAAUUUUUUUUAAAAGGGGGUUGCAC